CGCGCGUACGACGUCGUCGUCCUCACAUCGCCACCUUUUCCACCAUCUUCUCCUCACAUUGACUAUUAGCUAGCUAGCUCGGCGACAAGUGAGCUCCCGGAGGUGAGGAGCGAGCGAGGACACACACCGUCGCUUCGCCGCAGCUCCCGGAGGUGAGGAGGAGGGAGACGGUGGUGAGCGCGAGCUUAUUAGGUGUACUGUGUGACGGGACGGACGGCAGGAUGACGAGUGGGUUGGGGCUGGGGAGCGGCGGCGGCGGCGGCGGCAAGGUGAGCCUGCGGCUGCAGUACUACGUGGUGCUGGCCGGGGUGGCGGCGGUGGUGCUCUUCGCCUGCGUCAAGUACACGCCCGCCGCCGCGGUGGCCGCCGUCGGCGGCUACGGGUUCUGGAGCGGAGGGCAGCAUGCUGCGGCGGCGACCGCCGGCGGGUCUAGCACGAGCGGUGCUGCGGGUGGUGGAGGCAGGUCGUCCCCUUCCCCCGUGGUGAUCUUCAACUUCGGCGACUCCAACUCCGACACGGGCGGGAUGGCGGCGGCGAUGGGGAUGAACAUCGCGCUGCCGGAGGGCCGCACCUACUUCCGCCGCCCCACGGGGCGCAUCUCCGACGGCCGCCUCGUCAUCGACUUCAUCUGCGAGAGCCUGAAGACGCCUCAUCUGGGCCCCUACAUGAAGUCGCUGGGCUCCGACUUCAGCAACGGCGUCAACUUCGCCAUCGGCGGCUCGACGGCGACGCCGGGAGGAUCCACCUUCUCCCUCGACGUGCAGCUGCACCAGUUCCUCUACUUCAGAGCCAGAUCCAUGGAGCUCAUCAACCAAGGAGUGAGAACACCGAUCGAUCGCGACGGAUUCAGGAACGCCAUCUACGCCAUCGACAUCGGGCAGAACGACGUCUCUGCAUACAUGCACCUCCCCUACGAUCAAGUUCUUGCCAAGAUCCCCACCGUUGUCGCUCACAUCAAGUACACCAUCGAGGCGUUGUACGGGCACGGUGGGCGGAAGUUCUGGGUGCACGGGACGGGGGCGCUGGGCUGCCUGCCGCAGAAGCUGUCCAUCCCCCGCGACGACGACGGCGACCUCGACGGCAACGGCUGCCUGAGCACGUACAACGCCGCCGCGAGGGAGUUCAACGCGCAGCUGGCCGCGGCGUGCGGGCGGCUCCGGCAGCGGAUGGCCGACGCCGCCGUGGUGUUCACCGACGUCUACCCCAUCAAGUACGACCUGGUGGCCAACGCCAGCCGGCACGGCAUAGAGCGGCCGCUCAUGGCGUGCUGCGGCAACGGCGGCCCGCCCUACAACUACAACCACUUCAAGAUGUGCAUGUCGGCGGAGAUGGAGCUGUGCGACAUGGACGCCAGGUUCGCCAGCUGGGACGGCGUCCACUACACCGAGGCCGCCAACGCCAUCGUCGCCGCCAAGGUGCUCUCCGGCGAGUACUCCACGCCGCCGGUCAGGCUCGCCACCCUCGUCGCCGGCUCCACCAAACCCAAUUAACUAACGACGACGCGUAUCGUACCCUCCAUUGAUUUGGCGACCGAUGCAAUUCGAAUGCAGAGGAUUCGUGAGUGGAUCGAUCGAGCAGCUACCAGCUUGCUAAUCUUGCGGAGCUCCCCUCACGAUCGAGAGGAGGGGAGGUAGGGAUCGGUGAUGAUUAGGAUCGGCCACCACACUGAGUGUGUUGUUUGUGGGGGGUGGGGCGCUAUACAGUAGCCUUGCAUAUAAUCAAAACAUGUAACGUGUGUGUGUGUGUGAAGUGUAAUUCUUUCAAUAAUUGAGCAGGAAAUUGAUGGGAGUGCACAGCAUUUUGAUUUGCAUGUGUA